AUGGCUGAUCCGGAGGACGGUUUUCUUUUUUCACAGCUGCGGCAGGAGAAACUUCAGGAGGCUUUGAAGUUGCUUGAAGAAAGUAAGAAGAAGGAAGCUGAUACCCGAAAGGAGCUUGAGAAAGCCAGAGCAGAGAAGAAGAAGCUUGAGGAGGAAGCAGAGCAGAAAGCUUCCAAGCGCAGGCCUUCAGAUCCUUUCAGGACUCCAGAAGACAAGAUUGUUCGUUCAGGUUCAGCGCCUCUUUCUGCGGCUUCAGCGACUUCAGGGCCUGAGUCACCUGCUUCAGAGCCCGAAGCAAAGAAGAGGAAGAUUCAGUUUGGUUUGGCCAAAUUUUUCGGAAGUCCUCAGGAGAAAGCUUCAGCGAGUCCAGUGUCGACUUCAACCGACGUGCGGUUGAGGAACAGACAGCGGAAGUCAAAGACGAUGCUUGAGCUAGAAGCUUUGAGAAAACAGCUGUCCAACAGUGUACAGAGCCAAGCUUCAGAAGAAGAGCAGCUUGUUCAGGCGGAGGACGAAGCUUUGGACGAAAAGGAUUUUUACAGGAAGGCAGGUCUUAGAGGAGGCAGACCAAAACUAGACGCUUCAGAGAGGAGAGGCGUUUUCGGUGGUUCAGCUUCAAACAUGCGAGGGCGCUUCGAGAAAGGCAAAAAGGUUGAGUACACCGCAGUUGACAAAAAAGAGAUCUGCGAGAGAUUCAGAAAGUUGGCAGAGGAGAGCCGUUCAAAGGAAGCUGCGUUGUCAGAGCUCAAGAAGGGCCUUCAGAUUUCCACUGAGAGGCUUCGAGACAUUUUGAAUAAUGAGGCAGAGUGGAUACAGAUGAUUAAGGACAGGCGCUUAGGCACUUCAGGCCUGAAGAAGAGAGGAGUUAAGCCAGGCCGGUUGAGCUUGAGGAACCGUGGCAUCAGGCGCAAGGGAGGAGGGAGGAAGAAGGAGUUUGAGCAUCUUGUGGUUGAGCUUGGGAGGUGGAUUUCAGAAGAAAGAAGCCACGGCCAUGCGCUUCAGAAAGCCAUGGUGGCCAGGAAGUUUGAGCAGCUCUUACUUCGAGACUCAGAGAGGCUUCUUGAGUCAGCCAGACAGCUUCAAGCUUCCUUUCAAGCAUCAGCAGCCAAGAUUGAGGCACAGAGGAUGUUUCAGAAAGCAAAGAAAAUGGCAAAUUCAGAGAAGUUUAGGAGAAACUAUGUUGAGCGCCUGCUUCAGUGGUGUGGAGCGAAGGUCAUGGCUAAGGAACUUACCAGCAACUUGAGCGCUUUGGAGGAAAAGGUGCGAAUUCAAUUGAGCUGGCAGUCUUUAGACUGGCAGCUUUGGUUGGCAGGAUCAGCUCCAAAGGAGGUUCUUGAGGAAGAAGAUGUUUUAGACCCUGACUAUGUCAUUGAGUGCCGAAAGCUGGGCCCUUCUCCAGUUUGCUUUGCGGACCAGAUUCCGCUUUGGGCAAAGUGCGGCUCCAAGCGCUUUGUCUUCAGUGCUGAGGAGUUUUCAGGGUCUUCAACUUCAGACCGGGCGCAGUUUGAACUGUUCAGGCAAGACUUGCAAAAAGCAGUUGAAUACUUCAGAGACCUUGAGGAGAAGGACAAGACGCAGCUGAUUUCAGCUGAACCCAGGCCAGAAGGUUCAAAAGCUUUUGCAAUCGCAGGCAGCAGGACGAUUAAGGGGCACAGUGAGAACGAGAAGUUCAGAAUCACGUUUGAGGCAAGACAGCAGGUCAGCUGGGUUCCAGAUCCCAGUGCAGCAGGAGGUUUCAGGCCAGUGGGCUCGGUUUUGAGACCGCUUCUGGUCUUUGCAGGUGCUCACUGUAGGUUGAGCAACCUUACAGAUGAGCACACCUUCAGAGAAACAGAGGAUUUUCAGGUCAAUGGGCAGGACUUUCAGCACGUUGCAGGGCAGAAGACACGUUUGAUGUGGAGCCUUGUUGAGUUGAGAAAGAAGGAGCCGCAACUCUUUGAGGACCUGGAGAUUCAGCAACAGCCUUCCAGCAAUGUUGACAGUGUCAUUUUGACAUGGUCCAUUCAGGAGCAGGCGAAAGUUCAGGCUUAUUCAGUUUGGAAUCGCGACAGUUUCACCGCGAUUUUCAGUGAGCCUGUCAUUCAGACGCAGAAACUUGCCUCGCAGUUUAGCAGCAUCCUUUUGGGAAAGACAACUCAGAAGAUUCAGUUGACAGAUACAGACUUUGCCAAAGAGAUGAAGGUGGAGUUCAGGAAAGCCAUGCAGGACCUUCAGUAUGACAAAGGUUUUCAUGAGAAGACCACGUUGAGGGACAUUCUCGUGGCGUGCAAUCAGAGCCAUUUGAAGGCAGUUGAGAGAAACAUUGAAACCCAGUGGGUAUUGAAAGGAGCUGUUCGCAACGGCCUGUUGGCAUAUGUGCCCACAGUUGAGAAUGGACUCGUUGAGAUUUUGAGUCCAGAACUUCAGCUGGGAUCCCACAGGAUCCCGUCGGAGACGUUUCAGCCGCGGUUGAGCUGGAUUGAUGAGUCAGGAAGACCGAAGAAACCUGAUUUCAGCCUUUCAGGACAAGUCUCUUCGAUUCAGGAUUGUAUCGAGUGGUCCUUUCAGAAUCCUGUCAAGGAUGAGCCAGAGAACCAGCUCGACAUCGAAGGUCCUUUGGAGGAUGAUUUAGCAAUUCCAUUGCAGAAUGCUCUUUACCUUCGUUUGAGCCCAAGUUUCAGGAAUGACUUUUCGCGUGCCAAGCUUGAUGUUUCCUUCGCCCAGCUUCAGGAAAAAGCUAAGGCAACUUCAGAGAAGAAGACUCAAAGGAGGGAAGAAAGAACUGCGUUGCGAAAACUGAACUUGAAGGAGCUUCAGGCCAGACUCAAGAAGAUGAGCAAGAGUGAGGCCAUGCAAGAGAUCAAGCCAGUGGUUAAGACAAAGAAGGCGACUCAGAAACGAGGGGCUGUAGUAAAAAAGAAGCUAUCCCUUAAGAAGAAGAUGAAGAAAACAAAGGCAAAGUCAGCGGUAAAGUCUAAGCUUGAGAAGGACGCCAAAGCGAUACUUCAGAAAGAUGAGCUUGAACAGGCUUCCGAGAAAGCGCCAAUAGCGGACAUCACGACAGCAGAGAAGGUUUCAGAAGCAGCGAAACCUUCAGCAAAGGGAAGAGGAAGGGCAGCAGGAAAGGGAAGAGGAAAGGGAAGAGGAAAGGGAGCAGCAACGGCUUCAGCAGAGGCUUCAGAAGGCCACAGCGAGGAGAAGAUUUCAGCCUUGCUUCCUGCAGGAAUCAAAAAGGAGCCGGUUCAAGUCAGGGCUGUUUCAGAGGAAGGAGGGAAAGUUUAUUUUGGUUUUGAAGGUGAAGUUGAGAAGCAGGAGUUUGAGACCAAAGGCAAGGAUGAUUUCAUCCACGUUUACGGCAGCAAGGUGAUUUCAGUGAAGGUUCAGUGGCUUCAGAAGAUUGAUGCUACCUGGAGUAAGCCGAAAGAAUGGAAGAAGUUCACUUCGUUGAGCCGUCUCCAGGCAGCUACCAUUCUGGAUACGGCGGGCUUGAUGCCGGAGCCGUUCGUUGAGAACACAGAUGCACUUUGUCCAGCCAUUGAGAAAGAUAGCGAUUUCAGCAUGCAGCACUUCCACCUUUCAAGCCAACUCUUCAGUUGGAAUUAUCAAGCCUACAUGAAGGACGUUCAGAUCAUCAAUCCCUAUCUUUUGAAGCAGAUCGUUGGAGAGCCUUUGAAUGAAGGAGACAUUCCAGGUACUCCUCCAGAGGUUUUUCAGAAAGAAUUGAAAAGUUUGGCUUCAGGCGCUCUGUUGGUCCUCCUUCCAGUGCAUUCAGAUAAUCCAGCGCACUGGUGCCUUCUUUCAGGGAGCAGAGAGAAGCAUUCAGACGAUUUCGUUUGGAGGUACAGAGACACUUUGAAAGCGUUUUCAGAGGAGGGCCUUCAGAACGCUCAGUUCUUUGCAGAUAUCAUCAGUGGUUCUUCAGCCAAGUUUGAGAAGAUUCCUUGCCUGCUUCAGAAAGGAAGCACUUGCGGCUUCUGGACUUUAGCCUACGCAGAAGUUGAAAUCUGCAGCCGCUUUGAAGGACCGGCCAGCAGAGGCUGGAUUGAAGACAUGGUUAAGGCAUGGAUUCAGAGAGUGAAGGGCCUCUGGACCCAGCUUGAGAAAGAAGCAGCGAAGCUUCUUCAUGUUAAGAUUGAUGUUGAAUGCAAGCAGGAAAAAUUGAGGAAGCAGCAGGAGAAAGAACUUGAGAAAGCGAAAAAGACUUUAGACGAGAUCAAAGACUUCAACAGCGCUCAGGCCAAGAAAGCUUCAGAAUCUCUGCUGAAGAACAGCCAGUUCUUCAGACCCAAGGACCUUUCAGAGGACGCCAAACGGGCAAUUUUGAAAGCCAGUGCAGGCCUUGGCGUGUGCUCUCGUUGCAGAUGGUCUUCAGGCUGCUUAAGCUGCUCAGCAGAGAAGGCGCUUCAGCACUACUGCAAAGUUGAGGCUCACAAGCUUCAGAAGGUCCCCAAGAUUUCAGGACUAUGA